GAAUAUAAGUAAACUAGCUCCGAGUUGAGCAUCCACACCACUUUUGUAGCUCAAUUCAAGAUGUCUCAACCACGCUCUGUACUAACAAGUUUGUUCACAUUGCUUGUGUUUAUUACAGUGGCUUAUACACACCUGGAAAAUUGUGCAGUGCUUGAAUUUCUUCACCUGUCAGAAAAUAUGUGUAUCAAGCAAAACGACUUCGUCAACCUAACCUUCUGGCUGAAUACUUCAGGCUGUGAGACAUCAGACACACUCUACAGACUAACCGUGAAAGUCAAAACAGACAAAUACAUCGCCGAUGACGAAGGACGGUUAACUGUUAUUAACGGCACGUGUGACGUCACAACUGGAACGUUACUCCGCUGUGUCAGUCCAGCUGGUCCCGUGGAGCUGUACAGCAAAGUGAACACAUCACACAUAGAAACUGAAUGGAAAUGGUGGUGGAAAGAAAAUGGGUCGUAUACACACAGGAGUAAAACAUUACAUAUUACUGCUUGUGCACUUUCAUACGUCACAAAUCUAACUGUCAACGGACAGGAGAGUAAAGGAACUUUUAUUGCUGACGUGGGUCAGAACAUCAGCGUCUACUGCGCUUUUACUAAAGGAAACCCUCCAACUACCUUUCGUCUGUUAGACAGAAAUGGAGGUGAAAUAGAUGUUUCUAAAGAUGAAAGUCACAUCAUCCACUCACUAGCGGCUGUUUCGUGUGAAGAAGACUGGCCAGUCAUCCGAUGUGAAGGAAACAGGUCUACAGAAAAUAAAUUUGUAUCAUUGCUUGUAAGAUGUCCUCCACAGUUUACUGACAUGGCCCCAAAAUUCGUGUAUCCAGAUGUAAAUGAUCACGUGAUAUUCAAUAUCAAAGCUCACUCGACAACACUCAGUGGAUGUCUGUUGACAAGAGCCUCUACAGAAGAAAACUUGAGACAAAAAGUGAACUGUAGUCUUCAUGGUAUUCCGCCGAACCUGACUUUAAACAUCACUCUUCACAAUGAAGUGAAGUUGAUCCUGGGCAACUGGACAUUAAAUAUUACCAAUGAUAUGGGCAGUGGAGAGAUAGUACUGACAUUUAUUGCCUCCUCUGAGACUACUUCAAGGCUUAUUACAAUUAUCGGCGUGCUAUCCUGUGCUGCAAUUCUCACAAUUGCUGUCUUUUUUGCCAUUCAGAGGAUCAAAAAGCAAAAAGGAGGUAAAAGGACCAGGUAUGUAUGCUUAAUCUUGACAAUGAGAGUUCCACUAAAUUUUAGUUGUUUUUGCGAAUUUAUCAUAAAAAUAAACAGAUACAUUUGUAUAAGUAAACUUUCUAAAUGGAAAAAUAUUGUGAGUGCUGAGUGCUAUAAGAGAGUAGACAUAAAGGCAUCAGUCACUCUGUUGGAACAGGUCUUAUGUACUGAGCUGAUUUACAGUUACGAGCAUUAAUUCAUUCCUUAAACUUCAAACUUCUUAAAGUUUAAACCAUUUAUUUGAAGUCAGUAAUUGUCAUUUUUCAAGGAUUCAACCAGGAUCAGGGAACACUUUAAACUAAGUAUCAAACUAAGGGUCAAGAAGGGGAACAAUUUCAACAAAGUGUUGAACUAAGGGUCAACAAGCGGGAUCCAAGCUGCCUUAAAGACACUUGGGAAACAAUGAAAUACAAGCAGGCUUCUUGAUAGGAUAUUCGGUUUCAGAAUGGCUGCAAUGAGACUGAACAAAUAAUACCCACAAGGAAUAGAACCGCCCUAAGGAAUAUAUUCGCAGAUUCAUUUCUAAGUCUUGAUCCUGAUUGAGAAUUCAAUGAGAUCACUUUGCUUUCUUGUCUUGUCUAUCUUUGGAAAUAAAAAGGGAGAAACAAGUAUAUGCACUGUGCACUAUUAGGGCUUUUAUAUACAAUACUUGUUAAGUUAAAAUCGUUGUACCUACAUAUUAAAGAUUUGCUCACUUUAUAUAAAAUUGUUCUUAUUUGAGCUUACGUUGAUGAAGUGCUUGUUAUCCAAAUGUGUGCAUGCGGAAGAAGGCAUGACCUUUGAUAUUGUAUGCCGCUAACUUCCCCUCUCACUGUCUUCCUCUUUCACUAUCUUACACUGUAUAUGUAUAUAUUAUGCCUAUUAUCAUACUAUGUCAGUAUUAGAGCCUUUUGAAAGAUUGCUUGACGCUUACAUUUCUUAAAAAUGAAAAAGUAUACUUUUCCACUUGCAUUUUCUGUUUAUACAUGCUAUCUUAACGUCUAUAACAGUUUUACAAUAAUGAUAAAUGGCUUUACACACACUUUUGCUUUCCUCCUUAUUGGCAUAAAUAUAAGGAACUUACUACUCCAACACAUUACUUCUUCAACUUUUUAACUUGUUAACUACUGAAUUGUAAAAGAAAGAAAUAUAAGUAAAAAAUUAUCGGUUGUCAUUUAGCUUUGUCUUUUAGUAGACUAGGUUGUUGAACUCUAAAUUUAUCUUUUGUCAGGCUGUCUGCGGGCAACAGGGAUCAGGCAAGAGAAAGUAAGUAGCUAGACGGUAAAAUAUUUGAUUGAUUAAUGGCAGAGGGGUUGGUUUUGUUAAUGAUAAUAGUGAAGGGUUUUCAACUGUCAAUACAUAUUACAACUGCGUGUGAAGAGAGUAGUUUUGAAUUAUUUUGUCACGGAUCAGUCCGUGCCUCCGUGUUUUUCAGAUUAAUUUAACCCCUUUGCGACUUACGGACUGCAACUGUAUCUUGAAUGUAUUAGAGAACGAAUGAGAACUUUAGAUGGGAAAAGGUUAACCGUAAGACGAAGUGUUUGGUGAAACUAGUUCACCAGUAGAUUUUGGGUGCGAACGAGGUCAGAAAUUUACUGAGCCCCGGCAUACCGUGUUCUGAGUCACGACUUGUAAAUCUCCGAGUUGAGAUGACACAGUAGAGCAGGGUAGUGUUCAUCCACGCUUGAUGAGGCGCGGUUCUGACCUCUUGUGGAUUAACCUCGCCUUGACCAGGUAUGAUAUCUUUUUCUGUUAUUGGUUAUGGAAUAGUCUUAAAACUCAAGUAGGUUUCAAACUUGUAAACACGAACAUAUGAGAGAAAGAUGUGUGGAUUGCAGAACAUUGUUUAGAAUGGUAGUAUAGUGUAAACUCUAGUUACAGGAUUUAAUAGUAUGGACUGAAGAACAGGAGCUCUUCUGGAUGAGAAAGAUCGCCUCCCAGGACCAUUCCUUGAUCACCUCUGGUCCAGCACCCAGCAGCACGAGGGCCUGGAGCAUCGUAGCCCCGUGACGUCACCACGGAGUACCUUCGCUGUAACCCCGGAACCUCCUGACGUCACGGCCAGGACGUAUGUAUGUGUAUGUAUGUAUGUAUGUGUAUGUAUGUAUGUGUGUAUUUGUGUUAGAGGCGUGUAAUCUUCAUUCUUGAUGUGAAAGAUUUUAUUAUGUUGAGACUGAUCGGGGGAGUGCCCCGGAUGUAAACAUUGAAUGUAUCGUUUGGAGUUUCGUCACCUCUAGAACGCUGUCUUAAGGCGAGUUGUUUACAAAUGAUUAUUUGUGUUGUAGUCUGUAAAGUACUGAGUUAUUCAACAACGAAAUGAACAUGAUGUGGGCAGCCUCA